AAAAGCAAAGGAUUUUUUCGCGGAGGAAAGAAACUCUCGAGAAAUAUGUGGUUAAGUAUUGACCAAGAGAAAAAAGACAGGAAAAACAGAGUCUUGAAGAAAGAAAAGUCCAUGGACGACAAGAUGUGUAUUGCUGGAAAAUCGCUCGUUGAUCGCAACGCAAAUUUCCAAACUAUAUCCGAAAAUGAGUUGAUGGGUAUAUCACUCGCUGUUAGCACAAGAAGAGGAAGUAUCUGUGAAGAGAUUGAAAAGGCAAUUGUCCACAACGGAAUUAGUUUGUACGAGAUGCGAAAAGCUAUGGUAAUAGAAGAAACGCUGAGGGAUAGGUUUCUUAUGUGA